AUGAAACCAAAAGAAAUAGAACAUAUUUUUAAUAACUAUAUGGAAAGUUUUCCAAACGUUUCGGCGGGUAGAGCUGCUAUCAAAACGCUAUUAACAGUUUUGGAACAUGAUAAAUCUGCCACUAUUCAAGAGCUUCAUUCAACAUUUAGAAAUGCCAUUGAAGUAAUGAAAAAAUCAAAAUUUUCAGUCACAGCUGUUGCUUCUGGUUGUGAAUUAUUUAUGAGGUUUAUCACCCUUGCAGCAUUAGACCACAAGAACUUCCAAGAGUGCAAACAAGUAAUGUUAAAUCGUGGAAAUUUAUUUUUGGAAGAACUAAAAUUUGCUAGAAGUAAAAUAGCCAAACUCGCUUCUGGAUUUAUUACCGAUGGUUCUAAAAUAUUAACUCACUCCAAGUCUAGAGUGGUAUUGUUGGCAAUGAAGGAAGCUGCAAACCUUAAUAAAAGAUUUGAAGUUUUUGUAACUACUUCUGCUCCUGAUAAUAGCGGGAGAGAUAUGUGUAAAGAGUUAGAAAAUUUAAAUAUUCCAUGUACACUAAUAUUAGAUUCUGCAGUAGGAUAUAUAAUGGAAUCGAUAGAUAUGGUUAUGAUGGGAGCUGAAGGGGUUGUUGAAAGUGGUGGCAUUAUUAAUAAAAUAGGGAGUUACACUAUGGCUUUAUGUGCAAGGGAAGCAUCUAAACCUUUGUAUGUAUUGACAGAAAGUUUUAAAUUUGUUAGACUGUAUCCAUUAAAUCAAAGAGAUUUACCAGCGGAAUUUAAAUUUACUUAUUCAUAUGCAGAAAAAGAUCUUAAGAAAGCUGAUCCUUUAGUUGAUUAUACACCUCCAAUUUAUAUAACUUUAUUAUUUACUGAUUUGGGUAUUUUGACACCAUCAGCUGUCAGCGAUGAAUUAAUAAAACUUUAUUUGUAA